AUGGCUUCCUUUUGCUCAUGUGGAACGAUGUAUGCUGAUAUUACAUCUUGUAUCUAUUUUCUUAUCUUGAUUUUCCCCAUAUCUAACUCGGUUUAUUUCCAAGUAGCUCGUUUUGAUUCCGAUGCAAAACAAGUGGUCUAUAUAGGCGAUGCAGUGCCUUCUUUUGGAGCUGUGGAAUUCAACAGUGUCGUCUACUGUUGUCGUGUUGGCCAAGUCCUUUAUAAACAGAGAGUUCCCUUAUGGGAUUCAAAUUCAGGAAAGCUUUCAGAUUUUGUUACUCAUUUCUCUUUUGUAAUCGACACCCAAAAGUUUGUCCCCUAUGGCCAUGGCCUUGCUUUCUUUCUUGCUCCAGUCGGUUUCACAACUCCUCUUAACUCAGCUGCUGGUUUUCUAGGCCUCUUUAACUCAACAACUAGCGACAAUCCAUCUCAAGGCCCAGUUGUUUCUGUAGAGUUUGACUCCUACUCCAACCAGGACUGGGAUCCUCCUAUGGAACACGUAGGAAUCAACAGGAAUUCACUUUCUUCGGUUGCAUACGCUCCUUGGAAUGCUAGUUUGCACAAUAAAGCUACUGCGAAUGCUUGGGUUUCUUAUAAUUCCACUACUAAGAAUCUAAGUGUGUUUUGGACCUAUGAAAGGAACCCCAGUUUUCAAGGGAACUCAAAUCUUUCUUAUCAAAUUGAUCUCAAAGAGGUUCUUCCUUCAUGGGUCACUAUCGGCAUCACAGCUUCCACUGGUCAGUAUAUGGAGAGACAUACCCUUCAGUACUGGGAGUUCAACUCAAGCUUGGAUAUAAAAGAUGACAAUAAAACGACAUCACAAAAGGUGAAGCUGGGUGUCGGGUUAGCAGUGCCAUUAGGUGUUCUACUAGCAGGAGGCAUAAUAGCAUAUAGUAUUAUCUAUUUGAGGAAUCACAUGAGUCCUUCAGAUGAAACAUUAGAGACAAUCAACUUGUCUUCAAUCAAUGAUGAUCUUGAAAGAGGAGCAGGGCCCAAAAGAUUUUCUUACAGAGAUCUUGCUUUGGCUACUAAUAACUUCGCUGAUGAUCUCAAGUUGGGUGAAGGAGGAUUUGGUUGUGUUUACAGGGGAUACCUCAGCCGUGAAAGAAAAGUAGUUGCAGUUAAAAAGAUUUCAAGUGGAUCUAAACAGGGAAAGAAGGAAUAUAUAACAGAAGUGAAGGUCAUAAGCAGUCUAAGGCAUAGAAACUUGGUGCAACUCAUAUGUUGGUGCCAUGAUGAUAAUCAGUUUCUACUAGUUUAUGAGUUUAUGCCAAAUGGUAGUCUUGACACUCAUCUUUUUGGGAAAAUGGAUCCCCUUUCUUGGAGUGUGAGGUACAAGAUAUCAUUAGGUUUGGCUUCUGCCUUGUUUUAUCUUCAUGAGGAAUGGGAACAAUUAAUGCGUGAUACAUCGUGA